AAAACAUUCACAAAAAGAAGAAUUGAUUAAGGAACUACUAAAUAGCUUCGAAAUGCAAAACGACACUAAACAUCAUGAUGUUGUUUUUUGCAUUUAUAAUGAUGAUAGAAUUGAAAAAGUUUACGCUAGCCGAUAUGUUCUUUCAGCUUCUUCAAAUUAUUUCAGAGCAAUUUUUUGUGGACAAAUGAUUGAAUCAGCCGAAUCACAAAUAGUAACAGUGGAAAUAAAUGAUAUUCAACCUGACACAUUCCGAGUUCUUAUACGCUGGCUCUAUGGCCAAUCGUUCGAAGAUGCCACGUCGAAUAUGUUUGAAACAUCUGAAGAUCAAUCUUCAGAUUUUGAAGCAAGAUGUUUAACAUUUUUGAUAGAUUUGCUUAAAGCAUCUGAUAUAUAUCAAGUAGAUCCACUUAAAGACAUUAUUGAGGAAAAAAUCAUUACUAAAUCAUACGUCAAUGUUAAUAAUGUCGUAGAGACUUUAAAAUGGGCUCAAGAAUGUAGUGCACCUCAACUAAUGGAUUAUUGCGAAAGAUAUAUUGAAUUAAACAGGGAGCUUAUAAUACAAAAGAGGAAGGAUAACAUAAAUAAUGCAGAAAAUGAGGAAGAUAGACAAUUAGAAAAAGAGAUGCUAAAUUGUUUAUAUCAAAAGUAUUAA